GUCACUCAGUGGUCAAUUAUGUUGUUUCCUUUCAGAGUUCUGUCAUUGGUCAAUAAUAUUGCAUAUUAAUUGUCUUUGACAGGCCUUCCCAUCAGCACUUACAGCAAGUACUGCUACCGUAAACUGCAAAAAGUGGCCAUUACUGGGGGCAAGAAGGGUCUGAGGAAGCCCACUCUGGAGGAGAUCGAUCACGGCCGGAACGCCAUCGUGACACCAUCUCUUUUCGGCAGCGCUCUGGAGGAGAUCAUGGAGAGGCAGAGUGAGCUCUUCCCCAACAGGAAACUGCCCUGGGUGCAGGUGCAGCUCUCUCAGUAUGUACUGGCCCUGGGUGGAGCCCAGACGGAGGGCAUCUUCAGAGUUCCAGGGGAUAUUGAUGAGGUGAACGCUCUCAAGCUGCAGGUGGAGCAGUGGAGAAUUCCUGAAAGCCUCUCUGAUCCCAAUGUCCCAGCGUCUCUGUUGAAGUUGUGGUACAGGGAGCUGGAGGAGCCGGUGAUUCCUCAGAGCUUCUAUAAGCAGUGCAUCAGUCACUAUGAAGAUCCUGAUGCAGCCAUCAGUGUGGUUCAGUCCCUCCCAGAGCUCAACAGACUCGUGCUCUGCUACUUCAUCAACUUCUUACAGGUCUUUGCUCAGCCGGUGAACGUGAGUAGGACUAAGAUGGAUGUGAAUAAUUUGGCGAUGGUCAUGGCUCCAAACUGCCUGCGCUGUCAGUCCGACGAUCCUCGAAUCAUCUUUGAAAACACGCGGAAAGAGAUGUCCUUCCUCCGCAUACUCAUCGUCCAUUUGGACACCAGCUUCAUCAAAGGCUUAAUCUGACAGUCACGUUUUAUUCAUUAUUUUGUGGCAUAGCUCAGAAUCGAAUCAUCCGGGAGAUGAUUGAUAUCAGGACAUUCUUCUGCUCAGAGAUCUUUCUCAUCUUCAAACAUCACAAUAUUAUUUCGGACAAUGCCUGAAAUUCCAGCUUUGGCUCAAUGUGAAUCAUCCUGAACUUAUGACUCUUCUGGAAGCCGGACUCUUUUUGAACUGAAUCAGUUGACUGAAUUCGAUUCCACGUCACAAUGAUCACACAUUGAAACAAAACCAAUGCAUGACCUUUGUCUUCUCUUGGUCUUUUAUAUUGAUUAGCAGGGAAAUGCAUCCUUUGGACAAUCUUAAUCGUAAUAACACACAUGCAAUAUGAUCUGCAGUGUAUUUUCUUAAUUUAAUAUGGUAUGAGUGUUCUGAUUAUUUAAUAUCAAAGGUUUGUAAGCUCAAGUAAGAGUGCAGGGAGAAUUACAGGCUUCAGCAAGAAGAGGUGAAUUAAUAUCGCAGAGCUGUGGAUAAGGACGGCUCUGAAAUACUUUGCAAAGCUUGAGAUCUGGUGCCUUAAAUGGAGAGUGUUCGCUGAUGUAUAAGAUGCAUAAGUGCCCAUGUACAUAAACACAUUCUCCAUGCUUCUGAAUUGUCAGAGGCUUCAAAUGAAUGGGUAACUCGAGCAAUUUUCAAUCUGUCCCUCAGUAGUUUUCCCAGGCGUCCCAUAUGGAAAUAGAAAAUUACAUUUCCAGAUGUGUGUUUUUUACAUCAGUGAUGAUUAACAAAAUCAUCAUUAAUCACAACGAAACAGUAGCAAACUGAACCGGAUCGGAAGACUCUUGCAAAAACAGCUGCUGCUCAUUGGCCCGCUGAAAGUUGACUAGGUUUCAGUUGAUCCAGCAGCUCCAAACAACAACAGAUGGACAAGAAUUUUGUGUUCAGAUUUGCCCAGGCUGAAUAAAUGGUUUUAGAAGAAACAUACUCUACGCAAGCAUGGCCAACACGUGUGCAGUCGCGUCAUUCAUGCAGUAUACUUAAAACCGAAGUGCAAUUUCUGUGCCAUUAACAUCACCAAAUGCAAUUACAAAAAUA